AUGGCUUCAAUAUCCAAAUUGGAUGAUAGGGUAGCUGUGCAAAUUCGGUCACAUUUGGUGAUCAAUUCCGUGGAAUGUGUGGUGCGAGAGCUACUAGUUAAUGCUCUCGAAGCCAAUAGCACUAAAAUUAUAGCAAAGAUUGACUUGGAGACGCUCAGUGUAUGUUUCGAAGACAAUGGAAAUGGUAUUUGCAAGGAAGACUUGGAAAGUAUAUAUAAACGAUACCAUUCGUCAAAAAAUCUCGAGAAUCGAACCGAGAAUGGUGCUCACAGAGGUGAAGCACUCAACUCCAUCAUAGAAUGCAGUGGAAGCACCGUGGUCGAGUCCAUGGUGAAUGGUCAAGCAACUAGCCAAUUUCAUAUGUCAAAGGCUUCAGAUCUGGAGAAUAUUGUUUCUGUUGUCUCGAAUUACUUUGAGACAACAAAAAGAGCAAGACAUGGAACAACAAUCAUGAUCACCAGAUUAUUCAGCAGAAGCCCAGUUAGGUACCAGUACCUAAAGGAGGGUUAUAGGGCCAACUGGUUGAAACGGGUAUUGAAGCCACUACUUUUUGAGGUUCUACAUGAAUAUCCAAAAGUCAGAGUGGACAUCCAAAUCAGAUCUGGAAGUCAUUUUGACAAGGUCUUAACUCUUGAGAUCGACAACGCACGAGAGCUUUUCAGUACGUUAUUCAUACUACCUCUAGACUGCUUGGUGCCAAUUAAUGGCUCGGAUGGUGAUUAUUGUAUUGAGGGGUUUGUCUGUGUGGAGAGUUUCAGAUCUAAUCUUCAAUAUGUGUUUUUCAAUGGCCAACGAGCCAAUCUCAGCCGGGGCCAGAACACAAGAUUGUUAAAAAUCUUCCAAAAUUAUGGUAGGUAUGCUGGCCGUCAAGGAGUGAUCAAUAAAGCAAUCUCGAAGAGUCCGAUAUUCUAUAUAAAUGUUCGAUAUUCCGGCAAAGUCGAGAACCAGAAUCAUGAAUCUAAAGCGUUUGAGUUCGUUAAGCAGUUGUUGGUUUUCUCUUUGGAGAAACUGGGCUAUAUCCUGCGAACUGAGACUCCACCGUCUAGUCAACGAUCUACAACUGAAUCACUUGAUGCAAGUCGUUCUAAUGAUUACUCAAUUGCAGAUAGCGAAACAAGUCAUGAAACGGACGGUUCACCAAACUCCUUCCAUACCCUGUCAACGCUAUCCAUGAUUCUGUUGGAAGAAGGAAAUUUCAAGUUGGUCAAACAGAUCCUGGCCCUGGUCAUUCUCAUCACUACGAAUGGAUGCCUAUAUGCCAUUGAUCAGCACGCCUGUGACGAGCGAAUUCAGCUUGAAGAUCUUCUUGAGGAGUUCAUAGGUAAUGUGUUGGAUCCACUGUGCGAUUUGAGUGUCAAAUGUACUGUUCCCAUCAGCUUCAGUGUUUCCAGUGAGGACAAGCAAGAUUUCGAUGAAUCCAUAGAGACUCUUCUACAGUAUGGAAUUCGGUAUACGAUUCAAAACAAUACUAUUAAGUUGACACAUUUGCCACUGGUUAUGGCCAAAUUCAAUGAUUCAGAAGCCCUCAAAGAGUGUCUCCUCCAAUUCCAUGAUGACCUAAAAGAUAGAAAAAAGGUGCCUAUGAGUGCGUGUGACACAUGGUUUCUGAAGGUGAAGAACAUUCCAUCCAUGAUCUACGAAGCAUUUGUCUCCCAGGCAUGCAAGCUGAGUGUGAAGUUUGGAGAUACACUCACAGACACCGAAAUGGAAUAUCUUGUGGUUAAGUUGGGUCGAUGUAUAUUACCAUUCCAGUGUGCACAUGGAAGGCCAACCAUAGUUGAAGUUGACUUCGAAGAACCAGUUAAUUUCACGGAGGACAUGGAUAUAAAAUGA